AUGCUGCGCGAGAUGGUUAUGAGUCGCCCAAGUGAGGGUGCGGCUACGCUGGAAGGGGAAGCCUCGGGACCGAACUACGGAGCUAUGAAUGGAGUGGAGCAGCUAUGGAUGGGCCCCUUGGUGCAUCAAUGGUGGGCCGAGGCCAAAGAAGGGCGCGAAGCGCUGAGGUUCAGCCAACCGGCAGUGCAAAGCAGGGCCCAGCGAGCUCUGCAUGGCCAACGGUCCGAUGACACCCCAGGGUCUCGAGCUGAAGGGGGUCUCUUCGUGAAUGCAGAGAACUAUGGAUCUCCACAGGCGUCCCCUGUCUCCGAAGAGGACCGAGGACCUGGGUCAUGGUCUGUGACAAGAAUCAGCCAGGUGCUUCACAGGCGGCUGGUGGCGCCAGUGCUGGAACAUGUGGGCGGCGGUGAUCGCGGCCCCGGUCCUGCGCAGUCUCCGACUUGGCACUCGCCAGCCCAAACUGGAGCACAGGAGUCGCUGAUGUCACAUGAAACGAGGCAAGCUAUGGCAACAUGGACGGCUAGACCUACAGUCUUGACUACCCCUACGGCACCGAUGGCCCAGCGGCGAGAGGACAGCUCAGGUGAGAGUAUGAACCAGGAAGUCAUCAUGGAUGAAGUUCGACGCCAAGUCCAGAUGGCUAUGCGCGGAAGAGACUCGGAGCUUCAGGCUUUGAGGGCGGAGGAGCAUCGGUCCGAGAUUUCCAAGAGACUUCGCGUGGACUUCCAGGCCCUGAACCUGGAGGCGUUCCUGCAGGUGGGGAUCGAGGACUUAAGGUGCAAGGAAGUGCUCCGCCUGGACUUGAAGGUCUCCCUCGGCUACCAGGCGGCAAUCCUCGGGAACAAGGGCGGCGAGAACCAUCCUUUGAAGGAGUCCCUCGAGGAGCCCAUGGACAUGCAACUUCGUCUGGGGGAAAUCCUGGAUUUGGAGGCGCAGGGAGCUGGGGAACCGGGAGAAGAGCUGUCUCCUUUGGAUAUCUUGGUGCAGGGCAUGAAGCAGCUGCAGCAAGUGUAUAUGGACAAGAAGUCUCCGGAGUCGGAGGCCUUGAAGGGAAGCGUUGAGCUUCCGACCCUCCCGGACUUGUCGGGGGACACUGGGGUGGAGUUCAGUGAUUGGCUGUAUGUGGCGGAGCAGAUUGUGGGCUCCCUCUCCGACUCCUCUACCAGUUGGUUCGCGAGUACACUGGCGCUAGCGAAGGAGGCCUACCACAAGCAUCAACAGGCCACUCCCUUGGAGCGUUUGACGAUCUCCCCGGUGAUCUCACCGGAGCUGGCGGCAGCAAAGUGGAGCCGCCUUGAGCGGCGUGUCAUGACGAUGCUUCUUACGGCAAUGCCGAAGGCGGUCAAGGAGGACGCGGUCACCCACCGGGUAGGAACUGUGGCAGGGGCGAUGUUUCGCUUGCAUGUCUUGUACGCCCCUGGUGGAGUGGCAGAGCGAACGGCGAUCCUCAAGCAGCUUGAGGGCCAGCCAGAUGCCAGUGUUCUGCUUCGAGGGAUAGAGAUGAUCAUUGGUGGAGCCCUGAAGCGACUGCCAGAUACCAGUUUCCGGCUGGCCUUAGCCAGGAAUGAGUUGCAGCUGCAGAACCGGCCCACUCAGGACACAGUGCUUCGCUAUUUCGACCACGCCCUUGCUGAGCUUCAGCAAUCAGCCCCUUCGCGAGCUUUGAGGGCGCCAGGCGGAGGAGAUGAUCCUCCCAAGCUACGUGCGGCGGAUGCUCAGGCAGGAACGGGAGGUACGGCAACGAGGACGCCCCCGGGAUCUCCAUCGAAGUCGGGGCAACGGCAAGGAUGCAAGUUUUUCUUGUCGGACCAAGGUUGCCGCCGUGGUGCUGGGUGUAAGUACGCGCAUGAGUUUGCCACUAAGGAUGAGAAGCGGUCCAGAUGUUGGUUUUGUGGUUCGAAGCAGCAUCGCCAGUCUGAGUGCCCCGUUAAGGACCCCACGAAGGCGAAGGGCGCGGGAAGUGGACCUACGGCUUCCUCCACUUCUAUGUCUCCUCAGGCGACUACUACAGUGGCGGCAGCAACCGCCCCGGAACCCAAGGCUAUGAUGGCCCCGUAUGGGAAUGCGGCAAGUUCUACUAUGUCGACUACCUGUUCCGAGGGCCCUGUGGUGCAAGCGGAACCGGUGCAAGCUUUCACGCCUGAGGUGAUGCAGAGUCCUGAGCUACAGAACUUCGUGAAGGAGGUGAACACCAUGUUGCAGAGAAUGUCGGCGCUGAGGGCAAUGAGGGUUCGAGAACCGAUUGCUCCCGAGAUGGCCAAGAUGGAGAAGAGUUUGGAGGCUUUCGAGCUUCCCGAAGAGCCCUGGGCCCUGCUUGACUCCGGCGCUACGCACCCGUUCAAGAAUGUGACCCCAAGGGAUGAGGACCAGACGCUUCCGGUUCAGGUCACUUUGGCGGACGGCAACAAGGUGGUUCUACAGCAGAACAGAGCAGGCACCUUGAUGCCGGCAAAGGGUUCCUCUAUGGCGAGCGGGGUGGCCACCACCACCAUUGUGCCCCUCGGCACACUGGUUCGGGAACUUGGAUGCACGGUGUCGUGGGAUCGUCAAGGCUUGAAGGUCAAGCAUCCGGAGCACGGGGUGAUCACCACCCAUGUUGCUGGCUCUUGCCCCUUCAUUGGCGAAACCAAGGCCCUGCAGUUGAUAGAGGAGAUCGAGGCGCGGAAGCUAGAGCAGCUCAAGGUGAAGACCGUUGAGUCGCAGUUGAAGAUGAGGGGCAUUGAGGCUACGGUGAGUUUCGAGGCCCAGCUCCACGAGUACAGGCGCACCGGCAAAAGAGCAGAUGGCCUUCAAGCCCUGUUGUGCGAGGACUCGGUGUUUGGGGUGAUGACAGAAGCUCAGCGUUGUUCCUUGAUUCAGGAUGUCGACCUCAGCGACAAGGCCGGGCACAAGUACCUCAAAGCUUUGCCAGUGAAGAGAGCUAUGAGAAGACGCUUGAUGACCUCUAGGUGGAUGGUCCAUUUUUACUCUGGCGAAGCUACCGGUGAUGGCUCGGGUUUCAAGGUUCUCGAAGAAGAGGGAGUCACUUUGUUGGAGAUUGACAUUGGCAUCAGUCGCUCCUACAACAUGCGAGAGCCGGGCCCAGUGUAUCAGGCUUUGCUUUGGGCGGCUAUGCGAGGCCAAGUACAUGGAGUGUUUGGAGGCCCUCCGCGAGCAGAGGGCACGGGCAACUUGGUGAUGAAGCAGAUGUUCAUUUGGACUCUUGCUAGGCUGGCCGCUGAGAGCUAUGAGAUUGCGAGCCCGGGUUUUGCGAUGUGCAUGCCAACCAAAAGUGAACUGUGGAGCUCAAAGCUUUGGUCGUCGUUUAGAAGAGAGUAUGGUGUGAACCUAAAAGGGGGGGAGCCAGGGAUUUCCGUUGCCACUACGCUCGAGAUGGAGCUACCUGAAGGACCCUGGGAACGACUACUUCCAAACGGGGCAUUGACGUGGACUACGGACUUCAAGGAGGCUCUGAUCAAGGGUUUUCAACGAUGGCGGUCUGUUGUUCAUCUGCGUCGUAUGAAUGGACCUUUGAAGGAAAUGACCAAGGAGGAGCUGGCUCGGUGGAUUCAACAUGUGAGGGAUGGUCAUCUACCUUUCCACCGGCGGUGCAAGACUUGUGUGGCGGCCAAGGCCACUGGGCAUGCUCAUAGACGGAUUGAGGCACCAUCCUGCUUCACUAUGUCCUUGGAUGUUUGUGGACCGUUCCGCGUACUUGGCCACACUCCGGAGGCCAAGGACUUCAAGUAUAUGUUGGCGAAGUUCUACCAGAUGGUCCAGUCCCGGAAGUUCCAGGCGAAGUUCUACCAGAUGGUCCAGUCCCGGAAGUUCCACGCGAAGUUCUACCAGAUGGUCCAGUCUCCGAAGUUCCAGGCGAAGUUCUACCAGAUGGUCCAGUCUCCGAAGUUCCAGGCGAAGUUCUACCAGAUGGUCCAGUCCCGGAAGUUCCACGCGAAGUUCUACCAGAUGGUCCAGUCUCCGAAGUUCCAGGCGAAGUUCUACCAGAUGGUCCAGUCUCCGAAGUUCCAGGCGAAGUUCUACCAGAUGGUCCAGUCUCCGAAGUUCCAGGCGAAGUUCUACCAGAUGGUCCGGCACUUGAUCUAG